AUGGCAUUCUGCACAUUUCGUUCCGGAGCCGGCGCUGGCUUGGAAGUGCAGCAGCUGUUGGCGGGCGCCGUUCGGCGCGUGCCCGUGUGCCACAAGGAUGUAUCGCCAGGAGGCGCCGAUGCCAGGUGGGGCUCGGUCACCGUGGCCGUGCUCUUGCUGGUUCGAGGUCGCAGUCGGAAGCAACACAGGGCAAGGCUCUGUGCCCAGAGGUCGAAGCUGGAGGACACUUUGACGCGGGACAGGGUCUGCGAAGUGGUGGAUGAGUAUGGAGCGGCUUGGGAGAACCAAGAUCCUGCCAGGAUCUGCGCUCUUUUUGCACGCGAUGCCGUCUAUGUGGAGCGAAGCUUUGACAAGCGGAGCACAUACCGUGGGCGUCAGGCCAUUCGGGACUAUUGGGAAGUGCAGAUUGCGGGCAAGCAGUCGAACAUCGGCUUUCGACAUGUUGUUGGCGACAUGGUCUUGGACUCCGAAAACCGCAAGGCAGUCGUGAAAUGGCUGGCCGAGUUUGACAACGUUCGCUAUCGAGUGAAAGACAAGCAGAAGAGAUGCCACUUCGUUCAAGUGGCGAUUUUGGAGUUCUCUGCCGACCUGAAGGAGCUCCUGUACUUGGAGGAGUACAUGCAGAGUGUGGCCGGAGCAGGGUUCCGGUGGCCAGGCUUGGCUACCCCGGAACCUCAAAUGCGGGCAAUCCUGCGGAUGGAGCCGGAAUCCUUCGGAACUCCACCGUCGCCAUCACGAUGCCAGCGCUGUGGUGUGGCUUUUCCCUCGAGAAAUGCACUUUUCCGGCACAUCCGCGAGGGGUCUUGCUACGAAAAGAAACCGCCUGCCCCACCCUCCAUCCUUUCAAGGGAGUCGCGAAGGCAUGUUGCCUUGACGGUGUCUUAUCAUCACUGGGAGGACCGCCUGUGGAAGGAGCUGGUCCGUGCGGCCUGGACAGCAUUUCCGCCCAGCCAAGCGGAAAAGAAGAAGCAGCACCCGUCACCUCGACUUUCCGGUGCCGUGCCGUCCAACCGGAUCGCCAAUGCAGUGGUGAACGUUUUCGGCCUGCGCCUUCCGAAAUGUGCCGAGGGGAUUCCGGAUGCAGAGGUGGGCCAACGCAUUCAGGAGGAGCUCACUGACGGCCCGAACUUCCGUAUCCUUGCAUGCACGGGCGUCGACUCUGGUUUCCAUGCUUCGUGCUUCUGCGAAGUCCAGCGGUAUGAAGUCAUGGUUCCUUGGUCAGUGCUGGAACCCGAUGAUUUCCGCCCAAGCAUUCUGCAAGGCUGCGAAGAGUCAGCCGUGCACUUCGACCGUGAGCUUGCAAAGCGUGUGAAGCGCGGGAUCCAACACUUCCGGCCCGGGCCCCGCUGCUGGCGCAACUUCUGCGAGAAAAGGAGCGUGGGCAGAGGGGAUCUGCCCGAGUUUGCCUUGAACCGCUUCAGAGCCACGGUGGGCCCGGAUGGGUGGUUUAUCCUCUCCUUGGGAGUGCAGAGUGCGUUGCCUGGCAUGGUGGAGCGGAUCGUCAGAGGCCUUGUCCUGUGGACUCGUGGCUUUGCACCCGACGACUUUCUGAAGCUGGCUUUUUCCGGCGUUCCUGUCCCGGUGCCGAAAAUCCCCAGCUUCUGUGUCUAUUUGCGGGCUCCGCACAUGUAUCGAUAUGAACACAAGUACAGCAUCAGCCUGACCAACUGCGAUUUGACAGACGAUUGUUUGCAAGCGAUGCGGCAAAGAAUUGUUUCAGAGGAGCAGGUACGCCGCGAGCAGCGAAAAGAUGCUGCAAACGCGCCGAGUGCAGAGCGCGACAGUGAGAGGCAUGAGCAAGUGCUCCGAGUUCGACGCCGCGAGUUUCUCCACCACUGGCGGGAGGCAGCACUGCUUUUCAAGCGUGCACGGAUGUGGCAGCUGCAGCGGCCCCGCCUGGUCAUGGACAUUACUGGGCAGACCAUUCUCGCGGCCUCCUUCCUCGUUCUCGCGCAGCGUGCUCGCCAAAGGCGAGCUGCUCGCAAGGCGCAGGAGAAGGUGCGCAGCAUGUGUGAUCGAUCUUCGCUCAUGCGAAGCUUUGACGAGUGGGCGAAGGUGUACGAGCACGAGUCCUCCAGCUUCUUUGCCUCUCGUCUCCUUGAUCGGUGGAAGCUCUCAAGGAUUCUGGAGCGCUGGAAGCAGCACACGGUCUUCAGAGCCGGAUUCGC